AUGAGCAUGAGACAGAAAAAACAGACACACGCGGGACAUCAGGCGGAAGACUCGGAGCCCAGUACCAAGGAGGCCCGCGCCUACGAUGACGAGGACGGAAGCACACUAUCAGACUCCGUGUGGGUUUCAGCGGAAGAAGAACUUACUGCUCCUGGUGGGUUAGAAGGAUCGAAGAAACGGGGGAACGAGUGCUGGCGGCCACAAUUCGCGGGCGGCCGCACUCUUGCAAUGGACCUAAUUCCGAAGAAGCACGCGAUCGCCCCCGGGAGUGUGGUAGACGCCGUUUUCCGCCAGGCGCCAAUGAGCUUUUGUCACCUCGUUCUUCACCCUGGCGGAAUAUAUAAAGGAGCAGAAAGCAGUGCCCCGCCCCUCGUGGGCGCGCUUCCGUCUGAGUUAGUGGGGGGCCCGGAGCUGCUGCUGGACGUUUUACAGAAUGGACGCAUCAAAGAGGCGCAAGGCGUCAUCGUCCGGGCGAUUCUUGGGCACCCGCAUUUCGAUGCGGCCGAUUUCUUCUCCCGUGUUUCGAUUGCUAGCGCGUCUACCCGUUCCGGGCACAGAGAUCGGCUGGCCAGUAAACAAGUCAUGCUGGAAAAGGUCCUCGAGGUGUGGCCUAUAUUCGACGACAACGGCGAAGCGGAGCUCUUGCUCGGCGUUCUUGGUGGAAAAUUUGGGGAAGUCCCUCCGUCUGCUCUCAACUCGAGCAGAGUAGACCAGACCGCUUGCAGGGGCAUGGCAGGGGGGUACCAUUUUCUUUCGCCAUCGUUUGAUCUUCCUCGAAGGAGGUCCGUGCAACAAGAUGAGGAAGGCGACGACCGGAUCGACUACGACCUCGCAGUGCUGAAGCCCGUCCGGAGUCCUUUCAAGAUCGCACUCCUGUGCCAUUCGCCAUCCCUUUGUCUGCGCUUUUUGGACUGUUGCGGCCUCGCGCUCUAUGACGAGUACGCCGCGAGACAGAGCCAUCAGGCCGGCAGCGACAUCGACGAGGUCGUGGGUGCAACUACUUGUAACAAAGAGCUUGACGAGCAGCAGGCCUGCACUAUUUCGUCUCAAAAUGCAGGGACAUCUCCCAAAGACUACAACUUUGACGCCAAGUUGCAUCUAGAAAAAGUUCCGGCCGGAUUGAAUACCGUCCCGGCCUCGGACUACAUGGAGAUCGCCAUCCUAAAGCAGACAGAGGAAGUAUGUCUGCGACUAGCGGACAAAAUCGAGGAGAGCAAGGAAGCCCUGGCGGAGCUGCGGAUGGAUCCAACGCUCAUAACGUUGGCACGCAGGCAGGGCUUUUCGAGCGUGGUCUCGCGGCUGCAGUGCCUGGGCCUAAUCGAAGAAGCAGCGGAAGAGGACAGCGAGGCCGCAGGGGGUAGAGUCACGACGCCGAUGACGGGUUCAGGAGGCUUCUGUGCUGGUGGGCAACUCCGUGCGGGCGAGCAGGAUGCUGUCUGUGCGGACCCUCCUUGUCUUCCGCCUCCUACGCGCGCUCCCAUGGUAAUUGGGAAUGCUGCGUGGCUCGCGCAGGACGGCAGCGAGGACCUCUGUGUGGAGAUCGGCAACAUGCUCAGCGGAGAAGCGUUCGUCGCUGAACUGGCAAAGGAGUUUGUUACAGCCCGCCCAAAUGCUGGUGGCAACCGUACAGCGGUUUUCUCGCUGAUUAACCUCAAGCGUGCAGUUUUUGCUAAAGUUGUGGACGGGAAGCGUUUGCACUUCGGCGAGCUCGACGUGAGUAUGCGGCGGCAGGUCCUUGCAGAGAGCCUCAAAAGGUAUCGCGAUGCGCCUGUGCCGGCUCCCAAAACAAUGGAUGUCGCAAGCGGCUCGGCCUCCUCUGGGUCUGACUACGAGGAAGGCAAAAACGCCGGGUCCGCAGGUGAUGGCAGCGACGACAGCGACUCAGGCUCCUCUGACUCCUCUGACCGUCUUCCGCUCAUUAUCAAGGACCCGCCCUUUCUUCGUGGCGCCGGACGCUGUGUCACGCUUUUUUCCAGUCGGGAGGGCGAAGUCACUGACGACGGCGCAGUAGAAAUAGCGGACAGUUUUCGCCCGAGCAGUGCGGCCCGUGACAGCGAGGAGCCGCAGCUGGCUAUUGUGGCUCUGAGGAUGAUGUCAGAAGCACCGCGCCCGGCUUCGGGUUCGGACGAAAUUAUUUCUGACACGCCAAAGAGUUCGGAACAGAACACACUGCACUUUGCUUUGCGCAGCCGGUCUCUGCGGCAACUUCUGAUGAAUGAGACGCGCGCUGCUAGGUGGGGCGGAGGCGAGACUCCUGAGGAGGAUGACAAGAGGGGGGAGACGCUGGGCACGUAUCUCCUGUAUCUCGGAGUGGGGUCCUGUCUGCGCGUUCGUGGAGAGAAUGCCGACCGCAUGUACAUCAAGCACGGCGGCUUCUGGGAGCCAGGCAUUCCGGAAGGAAGGGAGGUCACUGCUUCUGUAAUCGACCUCGGCUACGCGCGCGACAUUGCGUCAGUGUUAUCGGUGAACGAUGUGGGGCCGAUCUUUUUCGAUCAUCUUGACUGGGUUUCUUCCAAACUUGACCACGGUUGCGACGGCCCGUGCUGCAUAGUGAGCUGCACGGAAACGUGGUUCAGGUGGCUUUGGGAUGAUGUCACAUGGGUGGCCUUGAUGCAGGCGUACUCGCGUGGGAUUCGUCCAAAGAGAAAGCUCGCGCCAGGAUACCAGGAAGCAGCAAGCAGAGUGCCUCAGUCCGUUUGGCUACAAGUCGGAGGCGAACGCGAGUUGCCCGUACUAGAGGGUGUUCUCGAUUGGGCGCCCGAAUAUUUUCGUCAUAUGGUAUUUGCGAACAACUCACUUGUCGAGGAGGUCCCAGCGGAAAUCGUGAACGAUACGAAAUUUCUUUUGCAGGUCCUACCCGAGUACGGCGAAAGCGGCCGCUGGACCGACGAUUGUUCAGCCAUGGCCCGCUCUGUGGUUUGUCACAAGGGCUUCAACGCUGCGGAGUUCUUGCUGCCGCAGGUGUUUUCAUUAUAUUUCAGUAGUUCGAGGAGCAGGAUAUAGAUGGCGACUUAACUACUCUUAAACCCCUAAUAGUAGGGUCUUCGAAUCUCGCGGGCAGAGUUCUUAACAGUGACACGCGCCUCCUGUGCAGAACAGCCGGGGAAAAGCACUCUAGCCAGCCUCGCGCCUGCUUGCGUGGUGCUUGCGAAUAGUGCCCAACCAAAGCCGCCUCGGCUGGCUGCAAAAUUCAGCGCCCCCGCGGAGUGCGCUCGCCCUUCCGUGUAGAAAUGAAGAGCGCACACCCGUGGGCUGUUCCUUCACUGCGUCCAGACUGAAUGCACCACGCCGCCCCGCUGUGGUGUGACUCCCCGCGACCACUCUCGCAGGAACGAGAGCCGACACGGGCGCCGGCCCCUCUCCUGGUACAAACACCGCCGCGCGUAUUAUUUCAGGGGCAAGCCUUUCAAAGCUUCCGUGGGUGACGGGGUCCUUCGUUUUGUGGUCAUGGGCUCGCCCACUCCGUCGCAGCGGCAUGGGGCCGCCCAGUCAGAGCGCACUCACAAAGCCGCCACGGCGCCGCCCCCGUGGGUGUCGGUCGAUGGUAGCAAACAGAGCGGGCGACGGCGUGCAUAGGUGGCGCGCCUCCGCUGCUUUUGUCGGGGUCUGAUGUGCGGGGCAUGUGAAACGCGUGAAGCAGCGGGGAGGGCCUAUGUUAAUAGUUUCGCUGGCUCACUCUUUCGGGGAGGUAACUGAGCGGGGCUACGCGAGGGGCUGCCGCUGCGGUGCCGUGAGGACGGUGCAUGGUGUAGUUGUGUGGCUUUUUGUUUCUGCGGGCAGGGCGGGCGCCUCGUCUUAAUGAAACUCGGCCGCCACCUGGCUGGGCUUGUGUGUAGUUGUGUCUCGGGUGUCUGUGGGGGUGUGGCUUGCGUUGGAUCGUUUGAAGGAGAGCGGAACCCGAAGCGGGUGCUGCCGGGUUUUGCAGGCUCGGGGUAAUACAUCGAGGGAGAACGUGGGCACCUUGGUUGGAACUACCUGGAGGCGGCUCUGGGGUGGGGGGCCAGCCUCUCACUCUCGCUUGUUGUGCUUUUUCUUUGUCGUUCCUCGUUUGGUCGAGUUCGGUUGGCUUCGCUUAUGCUUUUCCGUGGCGGGCGCGCGCCUGUUGCCUAUGGGGCAACGCAGUGCACCAGGGGACCCGCCAAAGCUUGCUACGGUGUAGCUUUUCUUGAAAAGCUAGGGGGUGCCCCUGGGUGGGCGGGCUGGUGUGCGUGCUAAGGGGUGGCGGGCUUUUGGGGGAUUAUAGUUGUAAACGUCGGGAGCCUUUUCGGAAACAUGGAUCGGAAGGCUUCGCCUGGUCAUCUCGGUCGCGGGUGCUCUUGGGCUGCUGUUGUGUGUCUUAGGUAAUGGCGCCGCUGUGCUUUUGGUUGGUGUGGGUCGGUUGCUUCUCGCAAGGUAGCGCCUUGUUUGCGUUGUCGUUCGUUGUUGGCGCUGGGUCGUGGGUGAACUCUCUUCCCCUGGCUAGGGCAGCUGCCUCCUUCGGUGGUGGACCUGCCCGCGGAGUUGAUUCUUUCUAAAGCCAUGAGAGCGCGCGGCGCUUUGCGGCUUCUUUGUGAUUUGGGGGGGGUGACUGCUUUGAGCGGCGUGCGGUGGUGUCGCCUUCUUGUUCCUUGGGGGCUUCGUCGAAGCCGAGGGAACUUGCUGGCGCUGGUGAUGCUUAUUGUUUCCCAACGAAGAGAAAGCAAGCCCAAGCAGGCGGGGGCCUCUGGGGUGUGUGCUGAUAGAUUAUAGCUGCUGACUUUUGUUUUGGUCUACUUCUUUCGGGUGUCGUCGGUGUCAUGUCUUUCAUUCGCAAGCAGCUCAGCGUGGGGGCACGCAGACGCAGGCCAGCGCGAGACCAUCAAAACGCAGGAGCGCCCAUGGGCGGCAGGGCAAUGGGUUCUGGCCUCGCGUCGUGGUUCGUUUUGCUUUUUGGUGUUUGUUUUAGAGCUCAUAUCCCUCACUGCUCUGGUGUUGGUUGGGCAACUUAUGGAGAACGAGGGAGAAGCCAAGCGGGGGGCACAGCUUGAACCCAGGCGCCGCCGCUAGGAGGGCGCCGCGCCUUCACUUUUGUGGGGCUUGUCGGCUCGUUCGCAUUGGAGAGCCGCUGCUCCGUCGAUCGCUCGUGGGUGUGCCCAGGGAAGGGCACAGGUGGCUGGCGCGUGGUCCGUCAGGUUUGCGCUGCGGCGUUCGGCUGCCUGGUAUCGCAGGUUCUGCAGCGGAGUGGGGCAACUUGUGUCGGGGCUUGGCUGGGCUUUCUUUCGGAGGUGGGGGGUGCGCUGUGUAGUGUUCUGCGGCUCAAAAUGGGAGGCGAGUGGCACUCACUGCCUUCCACCUUGGGCGUGGCCCAGUGCUUUCGUCUUCUGUGUUGCAUCAUUGGAGUGAGACAGGGUCGCCAAGUGUGGGGCUUCUCUUCUCUUUUCGUAGCUUGUUGGCUAUGGUAUUGCCAUCACCAUGGAGAUGGAGACACCCAGAAGGGGCUGCUGAUUGAAACGAUUGCGAAACACACGGCGCGGCGCGCUGGCUUGGGUGCGUGGUGUGUGUUCUGACUUGUGGCAGGCUGUCGGCCACUCUGCUUUUGUGAGCAACUUGCUUCCUUUAGGUGCGCUGGUUAUGUUGGCGGCCUGGUAGUCGGGUGCAGGUAGUUGGCAGCUGCUUGCCCAGGUUCAUUCUCAGACCUUGGCUGCCCUCCUCCGGGUAGGGUGCAGCAAAGUGAACCAGCGCAACAGGCAACAGGUGCGCAAAGAUGGGGCCACGCGCUUGCUCUGUUGGUUCUGUCUGUGGGUGUCCUCGGUUUGCGUGGGUGGGGUCGCUCUUUUUCGUGUGUGUCUCCUUCUCUGGCAGUAUGCAGAGCGACGGGAUAGGAACGGGGCGACAGGCAGCUCGCCUGGGUUUCUGCCUUCGUUCUAUAGGCGCGCGCACUGCGCGCGUGCUCCUGUUUUUCUGCCUGGUUUUUGCAGGCUUUUCUGUAAAAGAAAAAAAGAGGCGCGCGCAGCGCGCUUUUCUACUUUUUUUGGCUUUUCUCUAAGUGACAAAGGUAACGGGUGAAAGCUGUCCCCCUCUAGAUUCUUGUGGCGACUACCCUCCCCCUUAGAAAUUGCUUGGGUGUUCGGGGGGUCAAACUGCCCCAAUAUCGCGGGGGGGUUUCCACUGAAAACCCCCCCUGCGAUAAUUAGGCGGCUGGACCCCCCGAACACCCAAGCAAUUUCAAGGGCGGAGGGUAGUAGCGCCAAGAAUUCAGAGGGGGAAGGCCUUCGCGCGUCAAGCUUCUCACUUGGAAAAAACAGAAAAAAACUAGAGGGGUGCGCUGCGUGCGCUUGGUUUUUUUCUGCAUAUAAAACGGAGCCCGCAAAAAAAGCGCGCGGAAAAACCGAAGAUCGCGCUGCGCGCGCGGCUUGGUGUCGAAAAGACCAAGCAGGCGGGGGAGGUGUGUGCGGUUCUUUCUUUCUUUUGGUGUCUAUAGUAUGCCGUGCAUGCCUUUGCCCGCUUCUGUUUUUAAAAAUAACCGUCGAGCAACUUUUGCAGCAGGCCCCUGACACAAGCUGGCAGCUGGGGCCGCGAGUGUGGUCAUUUCGGUGAGAAAAAAAAAAGGCAGGGGGCAGGGGAGUGGCUUGUUUGUGGCCUUUGUUGGUAUCAGUUCCACGCGCUGAAGCGGAUGGCGCGCGCCGUGCUUGCUUCUGCAAAGAAAAAAGCAAACACAUGAACCGAAGGACCCGGCGCCGGCCCCUCGCUUUCGUGGCUUUCAUCUGGCUAAGGCAGUGACUUAGGAGCGAACGAGGGAGGCGCGUCGCAGCUUGGGCCACUCACGGCACUGGCUACUGAGAUUAAAAACGGGGCCCGGGGCUGCAGCACGUGGCUGCAGGUCUAGGGCUGCCGCAGGUGCUUGCUUUUUGCUUCGGGUCGUGCGUGGGAAGUAGUUAAUGGCGGGCGCUGUUUGUCUCGUAUUAGUUAUGGCUCGCAUCUGUGCAGCUUGGGCGCACCUGCCUAGCCAUGACACAUCGGAGCCAGCAAAGCGCUGGGCGUUUUUGUCUGUACAUGUCGGGGCGUGAAAAUCUGGCGCAGGGUAGGGGUGCGUCUUGUUUUAAUCUAAGUAAGUGAGGCUGCCUGCCCAUGGGGUGGGGCUCCCUCUUCUCUGUGUCGUCAGGUGAUUUCCAGUGUGUUUCUCGUGUGAGUGAGUGGCCAGCCGUUGGGGAGUGCUUUUUAGCUCGAUGAAGCUGGGUGCGGCGGUGUGUGUGGGUGGGUGUGUUUUUGGGAGGUGUGGUCUUCGUUCUUUCUCUCUUUGUUUCGCGGGGGAGCUUCGUGCCAUGCGUGUUGGCUUGCUGGCUCGGUCGUUCUUCAGUCACAUUAUUAAUUUCGCCCCCGGCUCGAUUUUGCUGGUAGGUGGUGUCUGUUUUCGGUGGUGUGUGCAGGUCGUCUUCGCUGCCGCUCGCUGUUGGAUGGGGGGCUUUGCUUUGUUUCGCGUUGCAACUUGUGAAGGGGUCCCCGCGCGGGGUUGUGCUGUGUGUGUGAAGGGGGGAGGGCGCGUGGCGGGCACUGGGCCGGCGCUUGGGUCGAGGGCUUCGCCGCUGUGCCUUUUCUUCUGGCUUGGGGUGUUUGGCUGGGUGAUUUUUGUUGCCGAUGAUAACUGGGCCGCCUUGGUUGUUAUGUCUGGAGCCUUGCGGGCCGUCAGCACUGCCGGCGCCCUCGUUUCAAACGGAGCGGGUGUCAAUGCUAACUGCGUGCGUGAGUGUUCGUUCAGUCAUGCAGCUUUGUAGGCUGACCUUGAAGCCCCAUCGGUCGCUGGGGUGGCUGGGUGAGCUAUGUCCGGCCUCUGACUGCUUUUGCUUUCGCUGGCUUCGUCUAUCUAAUUCUAAGUUGGGUGGAGGUGGUCCCGCGAUUAUGCUCUUCGGUGCGCUGCGCCGGUGGCCGCGUGCGUGGGCGGGCGGGCGGGCAGUGUGUGAGUUCUCGUAGGGUUCGACGGUGGUGCCUUCUCCUUUUUUGCUUCGGUUUGGCGGGCAGGCUUGUGCAUCUUGGAGCCGCCUUUCUUUGUCGCUGUAUUGGGUUUGUGAAGGACUCCUGGGGGCCCCGGCUGCUCUUUCUUCUACUCGUGUCUGCUGUUUGGUCUCUUCGUCCUUUUUUGUGGGCCUUUCGUUCUUUGUUUUUUGUUUGUCGGCUGGCUGCGGCGGCCCCCCGCGCCCGUCGACUAAAUUGAAAGUGAGACUCGCUCGCCUGGGUGCCCGUGGGUGCGUAGCGUGUGAGGCUGAGUCGGUUCGCUGUGGCAUGGGUUGUUUCGCGUCGGGCUUGGCAGCUUUUGCUCCACUCGUUUCUCCAUGUCUGUGCACUGCCUGGCAGGCUUUUCUUGUCUGUCUAUGGGUGUCGGCGCUCUGUCUCGUUCGGAUAAGGAAGAGAGAGAGACCGACUGACGGGGGGGGCCGCUUUUUGUCAUUUCGAUCGGGGGAUGGGGGAAGCGGCGGCGCCGGCUCUUCUUUAGGAGGGCGGGCGCAGGCCGUCCUCGGUGUCUUGUGCGUGGCUGUUUGGCAUUGUUUUGCUUUGUGGCAGGUGGCGGUGUGGCUUGUCGGCGUGCGGACGCGGGGGGGGGGCGGAGCUAUUGCGGCAACAGUGCGGGGGACCAGCGCAGCCUCCCCGCCGUGCGUGCGGGUGCUGUGCGUGGUAAGUGAUGGCUGGCGCAAGCAAUGGCGUGAGAGAGGGACCGGCCGGCCCCUCUGUCCUUCCGGUCUGUCUUGCGUGCUGCGUAUUGGGACGGCCGGUAGUGGAUGGCGCUUCUUUGCCAGGUAGCGGAUGCGUCCGCGGGGUCUCACGGUUAUUCUGGCAGCUUGGUCUUUGUCGUGGCAGCAAGGUGUGCGGGGGGCUGUGCUAAAUUGAUUCGUUGCGUGUGGCUGUGGUCUCUCAUUGUUCGCGCCCAUAGCGGAGGCUGUAAGUAGGGGAAGCAAGGUGGCGCAACUGCAGCAGCCCGCCCGCCCCGUCGCCGGAUAAUUGCGGGUGGCGAUUGGUGUGGCGUUUGUGUCUCGGAUGUUGUGUUCGGCGCAGGUGGGGAGCAAUGGGGGAGCAAUGUGAGAAGGCGCGCCGUCGGUCGUGUUCGGGGAUAUGUGACAAAGCAAGGCGCCGCGGGCGGGGAUCCUCGGCGGCUUACUUUUUCAGGCGAGCGCUUUUCGCGCUGCAUAGUGCGUGUCGCACUGACAGCUCUGCCGCUGGCGAGAGUGAAACGCGAAGACCCUCUUAUUAGGCUAAUCAGAGUAGAUAAUUUGAUAAUGAGUAUGAUGAUAGAAGUAUUAGAGUACUGGUGAAGGAGCGAAUGAAGAAGCGCUUACUCACUGGCAGUUGUUUGCCGCUGGUAUUUUUGCCAUGAGAUGAGCGGCGCUGUUUCGUGUUUUUUACAGGUUCUGAAAAUUUGGAGGGAAUUUUUAAACCCCAUGUUAGUCAGGCUGCUUUGGAUCUAAUGCAACGGCGGAGAGUCCAUGCUCAGGCAUGUACAUGUAUGAGAUGGGCGGUCGUUGCUCCUGUAGUUGUUAUUUAUUAUAUCAUCUUUCUUCUACCCAUCGCCACUAUGCAGGACGCAAAUGAUGGCCCGGCGGAGACCGUGCUCGAGCGGCUGAUUGGAAUUGGAGCCAGCGGGCAAGGUAGCUACGGAGACACGAGCUUUGUGCCUGCAAUCUUGAAGGAGAUUUUGCAGGGCAAGUUCGGAAUGAUUCCGCCGGAAGUGCUUAAUGCGUCCCGGGUGGUGGAAAAUAAGCAGAAGCAAGUAAAUAAGUCUAGUAGUUUUUUUUCUAGUAUGGCUUCUUCUAGGUUCUUUCAGAACUUCCUGGCAGGGGAUGCCGUUCUCUAUUUGUCGGAGGCUCUCUCCCCUGGCGGGGGCUUGUUUGGGAAUGGCCCCGAGGCCACAAUCUCGUCCGCGCCCGUGAGGAGUCCGCUUCAAGCCGCGCUGCAAAACGGAGUAGAGGCGUGGGUCUGUUUGUGCCUGCUCGACUGCCCCGGCCUCGUCCUGUUCGACGAGUUCGCGGCCUCACAGGGUCUCUCCGCCGCGGACAGCGAUAAGAUGCGAUUGGAAAAAAUGUACAACCUAGUCCCGGGAGCGCGUGAAAGAGAAGCGGUUCCGGACGGUGUCAACACGAUCCCGGCACCAAUAUAUUUGCAGAUGGCGCUGCUGAAACAAGUAGAAAGUGGGUUAAGGCUUCCGGGAAUCCAUCUUCAGAAGCAUCUUGGCGGACCUCUCUAAAGGGAGAACAGACACACCAUGACUCUCAUGAUGGAUUCCUGGGGGGAUCUAAGUAAGGUAGGAAACAAGAAUGGCACAGGAAAGAGCCAGUCCUCGGCGUCGGCGACUUCCCUAGAUCCAGGACAAACAGAAGCGAUCUGCAUGCGGGUUCUAGACCGAAUCGAGCAGCAAGAGCGCGCGAUGGAGGAACUAAGGAUGGAAUUGCCUGGGGCCAUAAAGCUGGCGAAGCAGCAAGGACAUGCGGCAGUGGCCGACCGCUUAGCGAAAUUGUGAGCCGGAGCUACUCCUGAUGCCUUUCAUUCUUUGUGGAGCAAAACAUAGACCAACAGCGCAGUUGGCUUCUUGGAUUAAGCUACUCCUGAUCUGCAUACUUAGGCAUCCGGGGACAAGGUGAUCCAGGAAUUUGGGCAUCAACAAGUAGUAGGUUGCGAAGCGGCGGCAACACUUCGACGGAAGUGGUUGACAUUGUUGAACAGCUAAAGAAAUACUUGUUAGUUUGAGAGCAAGAACUUCUUCAACUGCUUCGAAAAAAAUACCAAAAAAAUACGCUCUUGCUUGAUUUUUUCUUGUUUAGCUCGAUGAAGACGCCAUCAGAUCUUGGAGAUUGACUGCGUUCUCAGAAUCUUGUCCGGCGCUUACAGCGCAUGCGCCGGCCGCGAUUGAAGCUUGAAGCGAUUAAAACUUGGAGCGCCUUGAAUUUGGAGGCCUUCAUCUGCUGGCAUUUUGAUGCAAAAUAUUCGUUGGAAUGUCUCUUGGCUCGAGCGAGAGACAAGGGAGAGAGGAAGUAGCAGGCGCUCCAGUAUCGGUCGUUGUUUGUGGCUCUGUGAUGUUGACCUCUGUCUUAGAGUUGUAUACGAAGAAAGCACAAGUUGCUCCCUCGCCCUGAAUGGAAGUCCCUUUUUGGUCAUGUCCAAAGCGAGCCGCCUCCCCCUCGCUCGGCCUAACUAGGGUUUGGCGGAGGCACGUUCAGCACAACUCGAGCAGUGAGCGGAGUCGCCUGUAAUUAAUCUGUCAUAUAUGUCUGAGAAGUCUGCUACGAUGAGUCCUGUUGUGUCUUACGGUGUUCAUCCUCUGUAGGUGCAUAUCUGUUAAUAUGGGUCAUCAUGGUGUUGAGAGUAUAGUAGAGCGCUACCAAGCAGUGUUUACUGUGAGAGAGAUGGUCGUAGCUGAGAGAUGACAGUUGAGGAGAGUAGUCGGCACGAGUCUCGAUUAAGUUGCGAGGUGAUUGUAAGUGGUAGUAGUGCCUUCGAUAACUUCUGUUUUUUUUUUCAAACCCGAAACAAACAUCACCGCGUCCCGUGUCUCAGUCAUUUUUUUGCUGCCCAUCCUCAUCAACCACGACUGGGAGAAUGAGUCUCAAGGCCUAAUGUGUGUAUUCUUUCUCUUUUCUUUGAGCCGCAUCUAUCUAAGUAAGGUAUAAAAAAGUUGUAGCGAGUUGCAUCAGUUUGAUAGGUUCGUACUUCUAUGCGCAUGUCAAUGUAGUAAGACGUAGUUGCGGUUCAUCUUGUUCACUGAUUCUUCGUGCAUUGUGUUUGUGAUUCAUCAUUUCCUACGUAAAAUAAGUAAAUGCUGAAAGUGCAAUUUUCAUUUUGGUUGUUCAGAAAUAAGGCAUCAUGAUAAUGAUGAUCUAGUAAAGAAUUAGAAGCCGAAGCCAAACAAAGUAGCCGUGAUUGAUUAUGAGGAAAAGGCAGACUAUUUUCGUCUUUGUAUUUAUCGAUAGAGUUAGAUAAUUUAUUGAAGAAGCCGAAAAAAUGGGAAACGUGUGUGCGCUCCCGCGGGAUGAGAAAAAGGGCGCUUUUCUUGACGGAAAUGAAGGGGCCAAUAAAUGUAGAUUCGGUGCUUGUUUUGAGCGGGCCGAGAAUGUGGACCGCAGUCCGCGCAGUAGCGCGGCGCGCCGCGACGGCGAUGUCGAGGCGGGUGGCGCGGGCGAGCCGCCCACUUCGGGCAUAUACGAAUCCAGCACCAGUCGUGCAAGUAGAAUAUCCUACGAAGCGUACGCGAAGUUGAUUCCGCCGCACGAUCUGCCGUGGACGCGUGCGCCCUUGGCAUGCAGCAAUGCCGCAAGGCUCAGCGACGAUGGCUCCGGCGCCUUGUGCAUGGACAUCACCGAUCGAGACAGCGGGAAAAGCGUCACUUUUGAAGUGGCAAAAGAGUUCUUAAUGGUUGAGGACGGGUCUUCUCCUAACACGCUGCUGUUGUCGCUGAUCGAUUUGAAGCGUGCUGUGUUCGCCAGGGCAGUGGACGGACAGCAGCGCUUGCAUUUCGGGCCGCUCGAUGCCAGUAUGAGGAAACAGCGGGCAGAGAGACAAACACCAACUACAGGAAAACCGAUUCCGACUGCUCGUCCAGUGCCUAUUCCUACAAAGGCGCCCCCGCUGGCGCCGUACCAAAGACUCGACUUCGAGUCUCCGGCCUUUGCUGCGUUACCCCUUAUCGUGAAAGAUCCGCCUUUUCUGCGGGGCACCGCGCGGUGCGUGGCGUUCUUCAAUCAGCUUCAGCAGGAAGAUGCACAGGACGAACUGCCUGACAGCUUUUUCAGAGGCGACCCAGCUUGUGAGGAGGAGGAGGCGCAGCUGCUGCGCGUCACUCUGAAGCAGGACGCCAGCACGUCCCACGGAAUGCAGCAGGCUUCGCUUUCUCCUGAGAAUGGAGAUGGCGCCGCCCAUUCUUGUCCCCUGCUUAGUUUUUCGCUCCGGUCGCGCUCGCUACGCGAAUUCUUGCUCUCUGAGACAAAAGACGAAAGAAAGCAUUGUCGGGGUGUGACCUGGAAGUCGUUAGGUCACUAUUUACGACGGCUUGGCGGCGGAGAGCGUGUUCGGCCCGAAGGGCGCCCGGGAAAAGAUUGCAUGUUUGGCUGCUCGGAGGGUCUAUAUUGUGUAUGCGAAGGCAGUCUUUUGUUCUAGUGAAGAAAGUGGAUGUCUUCUUGUUGGGUAGUGUUAGUAAUGAUAUUCAUACUGUAUAUGACUAAGAUAUGCACUCACCAUAGAGCAGAGAGGGAAAUAGCCGCCUCCUGCAGGGGCGACGACGCUUUUAUAUUAGUAAAGAAGUGGGCCUGUUUCGCUAGGUUUUCUCUCAGACUGCCACCCAGAAGUUUCGGGAGUUUUACACUGAGCGAAAGCAAGCCUUUAUCCUUUUAUAUUGUAGUGAGAGAGAGACCACAGGGUGACUAAAUUAAAAAGUUCCCAUUGACCGAAAUGGUCCUUGGGGGCAGUGAUGUGGCAGUUGGGGCGCGUAGCUUUGACCAACUCACUACAGCUGUGGAGAUGAUGGUAAGGGAGUAGGAUUACAGAUGUGUGUAGCGUCUUUAGUUUUUUACAUCUUCUGCACCCACCUCAUGCUAGGCACAUCAAUCAACGAAUCAGUCAGGCCGUCCGCUAUAUUUCUUUUCCGACGUUUUCAUAGUGCACCUGCGACACAAGGAAGGACGCCAAGCCGACUGCGCGCGUGAUUGAUCUUGGCUAUGCCCGGGACAUAGGAGCGGCCCUUUCGGGCGACGAGGUGGCACGCGGCGAGCAGUGGCCAGAGGAGCCAAAAAGGAAAGGUUUUUGGCGCAAUUUCGUUGCUGAAGGCCUCAAAAAAUCUCUCAAAGAUGGGCGGUGGGACUUCGUCACCUGGGUGGCCUUGGUUCGAGCACGGGGCAUGAGCAUGAGACAGAAAAAACAGACACACGCGGGACAUCAGGCGGAAGACUCGGAGCCCAGUACCAAGGAGGCCCGCGCCUACGAUGACGAGGACGGAAGCACACUAUCAGACUCCGUGUGGGUUUCAGCGGAAGAAGAACUUACUGCUCCUGGUGGGUUAGAAGGAUCGAAGAAACGGGGGAACGAGUGCUGGCGGCCACAAUUCGCGGGCGGCCGCACUCUUGCAAUGGACCUAAUUCCGAAGAAGCACGCGAUCGCCCCCGGGAGUGUGGUAGACGCCGUUUUCCGCCAGGCGCCAAUGAGCUUUUGUCACCUCGUUCUUCACCCUGGCGGAAUAUAUAAAGGAGCAGAAAGCAGUGCCCCGCCCCUCGUGGGCGCGCUUCCGUCUGAGUUAGUGGGGGGCCCGGAGCUGCUGCUGGACGUUUUACAGAAUGGACGCAUCAAAGAGGCGCAAGGCGUCAUCGUCCGGGCGAUUCUUGGGCACCCGCAUUUCGAUGCGGCCGAUUUCUUCUCCCGUGUUUCGAUUGCUAGCGCGUCUACCCGUUCCGGGCACAGAGAUCGGCUGGCCAGUAAACAAGUCAUGCUGGAAAAGGUCCUCGAGGUGUGGCCUAUAUUCGACGACAACGGCGAAGCGGAGCUCUUGCUCGGCGUUCUUGGUGGAAAAUUUGGGGAAGUCCCUCCGUCUGCUCUCAACUCGAGCAGAGUAGACCAGACCGCUUGCAGGGGCAUGGCAGGGGGGUACCAUUUUCUUUCGCCAUCGUUUGAUCUUCCUCGAAGGAGGUCCGUGCAACAAGAUGAGGAAGGCGACGACCGGAUCGACUACGACCUCGCAGUGCUGAAGCCCGUCCGGAGUCCUUUCAAGAUCGCACUCCUGUGCCAUUCGCCGUCCCUUUGUCUGCGCUUUUUGGACUGUUGCGGCCUCGCGCUCUAUGACGAGUACGCCGCGAGACAGAGCCAUCAGGCCGGCAGCGACAUCGACGAGGUCGUGGGUGCAACUACUUGUAACAAAGAGCUUGACGAGCAGCAGGCCUGCACUAUUUCGUCUCAAAAUGCAGGGACAUCUCCCAAAGACUACAACUUUGACGCCAAGUUGCAUCUAGAAGAAGUUCCGGCCGGAUUGAAUACCGUCCCGGCCUCGGACUACAUGGAGAUCGCCAUCCUAAAGCAGACAGAGGAAGUAUGUCUGCGACUAGCGGACAAAAUCGAGGAGAGCAAGGAAGCCCUGGCGGAGCUGCGGAUGGAUCCAACGCUCAUAACGUUGGCACGCAGGCAGGGCUUUUCGAGCGUGGUCUCGCGGCUGCAGUGCCUGGGCCUAACCGAAGAAGCCGCGGAAGAGGACAGCGAGGCCGCGGGGGGUAGAGUCACGACGCCGGUGACGGGUUCAGGAGGCUUCUGUGCUGGUGGGCAACUCCGUGCGGGCGAGCAGGAUGCUGUCUGUGCGGACCCUCCUUGUCUUCCGCCUCCUACGCGCGCUCCCAUGGUCAUUGGGAAUGCUGCGUGGCUCGCGCAGGACGGCAGCGAGGGCCUCUGUGUGGAGAUCGGCAACAUGCUCAGCGGAGAAGCGUUCGUCGCUGAACUGGCAAAGGAGUUUGUUACAGCCCGCCCAAAUGCUGGUGGCAACCGUACAGCGGUUUUCUCGCUGAUUAACCUCAAGCGUGCAGUUUUUGCUAAAGUUGUGGACGGGAAGCGUUUGCACUUCAGCGAGCUCGACGUGAGUAUGCGGCGGCAGGUCCUUGCAGAGAGCCGCAAAAGGUAUCGCGAUGCGCCUGUGCCGGCUCCCAAAACAAUGGAUGUCGCAAGCGGCCCGGCCUCCUCUGGGUCUGACUACGAGGAAGGCAAAAACGCCGGGUCCGCAGGUGAUGGCAGCGGCGACAGCGACUCAGGCUCCCCUGACUCCUCUGACCGUCUUCCGCUCAUUAUCAAGGACCCGCCCUUUCUUCGUGGCGCCGGACGCUGUGUCACGCUUUUUUCCAGUCGGGAGGGCGAAGUCACUGACGACGGCGCAGUAGAGAUAGCGGACAGUUUUCGCCCGAGCAGUGCGGCCCGUGACAGCGAGGAGCCGCAGCUGGCUAGUGUGGCUUUGAGAAUGAUGUCAGAAGCACCGCGCCCGGCUUCGGGUUCGGACGAAAUUAUUUCUGACACGCCAAAGAGUUCGGAACAGAACACACUGCACUUUGCAUUGCGCAGCCGGUCUCUGCGGCAACUCCUGAUGAAUGAGACGCGCGCUGCUAGGUGGGGCGGGGGCGAGACUCCGGAGGAGGAUGGCAAGAGGGGGGAGACGCUGGGAACGUAUCUCCUGUAUCUCGGAAUGGGGUCCUGUCUGCGCCUUCGUGGAGAGAAUGCCGACCGCAUGUACUUCGAGCACGGCGGCUUCUGGGACCCAGUGAUUCCGGAAGGAAGAGAGGUCACUGCUUCUGUAAUCGACCUCGGCUACGCGCGCGACAUUGCGUCAGUGUUAUCGGUGAAAGAUGUGGGGCCGAUCUUUUUCGAUCAUCUUGGCUGGGUUUCUUGCAAAGUUGACCACGGUUGCGACACCCCGUGCUGCAUACUGAGCUACACGGAAACGGGGCUCAGGUGGCUCUGGGAUGAUGUCACAUGGGUGGCCUUGAUGCAGGCGUACUCGCGUGGGAUUCGUCCAAAGAGAAAGCUCGCGCCAGGAUACCAGGAAGCAGCGAGCAGAGUGCCCCAGUCCGUUUGGUUACAAGUCGGAGGCGAUCGCGCGUUGCCCGUACUAGAGGGUGUUCUCGAUUGGGCGCCCGAAUAUUUUCGUCAUAUGGUGUUUGCGGACAACUCACUUGUCGAGGAGGUCCCAGCGGAAAUCGUGAACGAUACGAAACUUCUUUUGCAGGCUCUACCCCACUACGGCGGGAGUGGUCGCUGGACCGAGGAUUGUUCAGCCAUGGCCCGCUCUGUGGUUUGUCACAAGGGCUUCAGCGCUGCGGAGUUCUUGCUGCCGCAGGUAUUCUCAUUAUAAUUCAGUAGUUCGAGGAGCAGGAUAUAGAUGGUGACUUAACUAGAUAAUUUGAUAAUGAGUAUGAUGAUGGAAGCAUUGGAGUACUGGUGAAGGAGCGAAUGAAGAAGCGCUUACUCAGUGGCAGUUGUUUGCCGCUGGUAUUAUUGCCAUGAGAUGAGGGGCGCUGUUUCGUGUUUUCUACAGGCUCUGAAAAUUUGGAGGGAAUUUUUAUACCCCAUGCUAGUCAGGCUGCUUUGGAUCUAAUGCAACGGCGGAGAGUCCAUGCCCAGGCAUGUACAUGUAUGAGAUGUGCGGUCGUUGCUCCUGUAGUUGUUGUCUAUUAUAUCAUCUUUCUUCUACCCAUCACCACUAUGCAGGGCGCAAAUGAUGGCCCUUGGCGGCCGGCGGAGACUGUUCUCGAGCGGCUGAUUGGAGUUGGAGCCAGCGGGCAAAAUAAGUACGGAGACACGAGCUUUGUGCCUCUAAUCUUGAAGGAGAUUUUGCAGGGCAAGUUCGGAAUGAUUCCGCCGGAAGUGCUUAAUGCGUCCCGGGUGGUGGAAAAUAAGCAGAAGCAAGUAAAUAAGUCUAGUAGCUUUUUUUCUAGUAUGGCUUCUUCUAUGUUCUUUCAGAACUUCCUGGCAGGGGAUACCUUUCUCUAUUUGUCGGAGGGUCUCUCUCCUGGCGGGGGCUUGUUUGGGAAUGGCCCCGAGGCCACAAUCUCGUCCGCGCCCGUGAGGAGUCCGCUACAGGCCGCGUUGCAAAACGGAGUAGAGGCGUGGGUCUGUUUGUGCCUGCUCGACUGCCCCGGCCUCGUUCUGUUCGACGAGUUCGCGGCCUUACAGGGUCUCUCCGCCGCGGACAGUGAUAAGAUGCGAUUGGGAAAAAAGUACAACCUAUUCCCGGGAGCGCGUGAAAGAGAAGCGGUUCCGGACGGUGUCAACACGAUCCCGGCACCAAUAUAUUUGCAGAUGGCGCAGCUGAAACAAGUAGAAAGUGGG